AAUCACUCGUCGCCUGAGUGACUCUUCCAGCACCUGUACCGUCGGGUGAACAGGACAGCAAAAUGUGUGCUAAGAAGUCUCCUGAAGAACUAAAGAGCAUUUUUCAAAAAUAUGCAGCCAAAGAAGGCGAUCCAAACCAGUUGUCAAAGGAAGAGCUGAAGCAGCUGAUUCAGGCGGAAUUUCCCAGUCUACUGAAGGGUUCAAACACUCUAGACCACCUCUUUGCAGAACUGGACAAGAAUGGCGACGGUGAAGUCAGUUUUGAAGAAUUCCAAGUGCUGGUCAAUAAGAUAGCAAAAUGAGGGCACUGGGAAUGAGGAAUGCCCCGUACCAACUGACUCCUCUGCAAUCAUAAUGAUCAGCCUGCGAGAUCGAAAUGCUGUUAAUAAAGCCAAUCUGAGGCAUAUCUCA